ACAUCGAUAGUAACAUCGAUAUUCUUGCUGCUCUAUUGUUUUGUGUUUAAUUAAAGUUAAUUCCAGCUCGUGACAAAAAUGUCUUAUGGUCAAGGUUACAACCCCUAUGCUCAGCCCGGUGCCGGCUAUGCAGCUCCCCCCGGAGCAUUUCCGCCGCAGAAUGCUCAGGUCUCGCCACAGGCGCAUCAAUGGUUCGCAAUGGUGGAUCGCGAUCGAUCUGGCAAGAUCAAUGCAUCCGAGCUGCAGGCUGCCCUGGUCAAUGGGCGUGGCGACCACUUCUCGGACAACGCCUGCAAGCUGAUGAUAAGCAUGUUCGACAACGACGCCAGUGGCACCAUCGACGUUUAUGAGUUCGAGAAGCUCUACAACUAUAUUAACCAGUGGCUACAGGUCUUCAAGACCUACGAUCAGGACGCCUCCGGUCACAUCGAGGAGCAUGAGCUGACCCAGGCCUUCACUCAAAUGGGCUUCCGUUUCUCGCCCGAGUUCAUCAACUUCCUGGUGAAGAAGAGCGAUCCGCAGACCCACAAGGAGGUGUCGGUGGACCAGUUUAUAGUGCUUUGCGUGCAAGUACAGCGUUUCACGGAGGCCUUCAGGCAGCGCGAUACUCAGCAGAAUGGCACCAUCACCAUUGGCUUUGAGGACUUUCUGACUGUGGCCAUUGGCUGCUCCUACUAAGCUACUAAAUUCGGGCAGUUACUAAAAGGACCAUACUUGUGCAGAUAGACAACAGCCAUCAGGGGAACAGAGAAACUAAUUCCGCGAAGCUGCAUUUUCUUACAAAAUUCUUUUACGGUGUUUGAUAGCUUUUUAAUGUUAUGUAAUCAUCACUCCGCACAGUCAUAUUGCAAUCUCCUGUUAUCAGAAUCAAAUUUCAAAAGUAUUUGUUAACGCAGUCCGACUCACACUCAUAGUACAAAGUCUCUUGCGCCUAAAAAUAAUAAUAAAAAGUAUACACGUUUAUUUAUAAAA